AGGAGAAUCGCACCAGAAUGCCUUAAUGGACAAAAGAUUAUUUGUCUUGCUGUUUCAGAACCUCACACAGGAUCUGAUGUAACAAAUCUCGAAACUAAGGCGAUGUUAACUGAUGAUGGAAAUUAUUACAUAGUAAAUGGAGAGAAAAAAUGGAUAACCAAUGGUAUGUCUGCUGAUUAUUUUACCACAGCAGUUCGUACUAGUAGAGGAAUUUCUCUUCUUUUAAUUGAAAGAACCAUGCCAGGUAUUAAAACACGUGAAAUGCAAUGUUCUGGUGUAUGGUCAUCAGGCAUUGCUUAUGUCACAUUUGAAGACGUAAAGGUUCCAAGAAAUAACAUCAUUGGCGAAGAAAAUCAUGGAUUCAAGCUACAAGAUUUGCACGUUUACACUGACAUGUUACCUAUUGGAGGAAUCAAAGCCGAAGAAUUUGAUCAUUUCACAGAAUUUAUUGUUUGUGAUGAAUUGUGUCGUUGUGGGUCUGGUGGUGUUCUUUCUUAUAUCGGUAGCGGAUUGAGUAUCGGGCUUCCGCCAAUUUUGAAUUUUGGAAGUGAGGAACUUAAGAGGAGAAUCGCACCAGAAUGCCUUAAUGGACAAAAGAUUAUUUGUCUUGCUGUUUCAGAACCUCACACAGGAUCUGAUGUAACAAAUCUCGAAACUAAGGCGAUGUUAACUGAUGAUGGAAAUUAUUACAUAGUAAAUGGAGAGAAAAAAUGGAUAACCAAUGGUAUGUCUGCUGAUUAUUUUACCACAGCAGUUCGUACUAGUAGAGGAAUUUCUCUUCUUUUAAUUGAAAGAACCAUGCCAGGUAUUAAAACACGUGAAAUGCAAUGUUCUGGUGUAUGGUCAUCAGGCAUUGCUUAUGUCACAUUUGAAGACGUAAAGGUUCCAAGAAAUAACAUCAUUGGCGAAGAAAAUCAUGGAUUCAAGGCAAUGAAAUACGCACACAAACGUAAAACUUUUGGACAAAAACUUAUUAAUCAUGCAGUAAUCCGUAAUAAACUUGCACACAUGGCAAGACAAAUAGAAGCCACACAUGCUUGGAUCGAAAGUUUACUUUAUCAAAAAAAUCAAUUACCAAGUGAUAAAACAAUGGAAAGACUUGGAGGACCAAUUGCUUUAUUGAAAGCUCAAUCAACACAAACGUUUGAAUAUUGUGCUCGUGAAGCAGCACAAAUUUUUGGUGGUUUAUCAUAUACUCGUGGAGGUCAAGGGGAAAAGGUUGAACGACUUUAUCGUGAAGUGCGUGCGUACGCUAUUCAGGGUGGCUCAGAAGAAAUUAUGCUUGAUUUUGGAGUUAGACAUUCUUUAAAAGUUGCAAAUUUGUAUGAUUCAAAUAUAAUAGCAUCUUGCAAUAGUGGUAAUCUGCCAUCCAUUGAAAAUUAUCUUGCAGAAUGGGAAAAAAUGUCUAUUGGAUGUUUUAAUGAUGGAAAUAAAAUUAAUGAAGCUGUUAUUAGACUGGUUGGAAACGGAAAGAUUACGAAUGGAAAG